GCAGCAUGAGGGAUUUUAGUGUUGCAAAGAGAAGACCUCGCCGCCUCCUUCUCUUCUCUCUGCACUGAACAUAAACAAUUCUGUAGCUGUUACAGUUAACAAGUAUUCAAGAUGGUGAAGUUCACAGCUGAAGAGCUUAGAAACAUUAUGGACUACAAGCAUAACAUUCGUAAUAUGUCUGUUAUUGCUCAUGUGGACCAUGGAAAAUCUACCCUUACCGACUCUCUGGUGGCGGCUGCUGGUAUUAUUGCUCAGGAAGUCGCAGGUGAUGUCAGAAUGACAGAUACACGUGCAGAUGAAGCUGAGCGUGGUAUCACCAUCAAGUCCACUGGUAUUUCACUAUAUUAUCAGAUGACUGAUGAAUCCUUGAAGAACUUCAAGGGAGAGAGAAAUGGGAACGAGUACCUCAUCAACCUCAUUGAUUCACCUGGGCACGUUGACUUCUCAUCUGAAGUGACUGCUGCCCUUCGUAUUACUGAUGGUGCACUUGUUGUGGUUGACUGUGUAGAAGGUGUCUGUGUCCAGACAGAGACUGUGCUCCGUCAGGCUCCAGAGCAAGCCCUUGGUGGCAUCUAUGGUGUUCUGAACCAGAAGCGUGGACAUGUGUUCGAGGAGAUGCAGAGGCCAGGAACUCCUCUUUACAAUAUCAAGGCAUACCUUCCUGUCAUCGAGUCGUUUGGAUUCUCAGGUACCUUGAGGGCUGCUACAUCUGGUCAAGCUUUCCCACAAUGUGUGUUCGAUCAUUGGGACAUGAUGUCAUCUGAUCCAUUGGAUGCUGGUACACAAGCUCAUCAACUCGUCCUUGAUAUCCGCAAGAGGAAGGGUUUGAAGCAGGCAGUGACUCCUCUGUCUGAGUUUGAGGACAAGCUAUAA